AACUUUAGAAGCGACGGAAAUGUUUUAACAGAGAGCAGCCAUCAGUGACUAGCAGUACAUGCAGCAGGAUUGCUCUGUGUGCUUUACUGAGCUGCACAGCAGGAAGAGGACUGAGCCCGCUCGGUUCUGAAACCUCCUAAGGAUGAAGUGUCCAGGUUGUCAACAUGAUAUUUUGGACAAUAAACCCAACUUUUGCAGUCAAUGUGGCCUCAGGCUUUCUGAAGCUCCUUCAGGAUCACAGAAGUCAGAAAAUGAGCCUAAACCUUUGAUAGCAAACCAAGAAACUGAUGGAUCAAAAUCUCAGAAGAAUGAGGAGCCUACAGAUAACAAAGACUCCAAUAAAUCUCCCAAACGUCCAAGUGAAGAACAACCAAACCCCAAGAAAAAGGUGAGAAAGAAAAAACGAAAGAAGAGCAAAAAGAAAAAAGAUGACAGCGUGCCAUCAGAUCAAGAUUUAAGCCAGUCUGACCUGUCACACAUAUCCCUGGAAGACAGUCGAGGGAAGAUAACGCAAGAAAAAGCAGAAUCCAGUGAUGGUGAAAGCUCUGACUCUACAAUAGAAAAAUCACUUGAAGAAGAUCCAUCCUCUCUAAAAAAGAAUUCUACUUCAUUACCGGCUAACACCACAACAGCGUCCUCUGAAAACACUAACAGUGAAAAACCAGCAUCCAUGGCUGAGGGCACUGAAGCAAGUCAGCCUACCAAAACCACUGUUAAUGUUAAUAGAGAGCCUGAUGUCAAUAAAUCAAACCAGGAUCAAACAGCAGAGAAAGCAGCAGACAAUGAUUUAGCUGCAGCUGAGGUAAAGGCUGCUGAUCCUAAACAGCAAAAGGAUGGCCCCAAAAGCUCCAAAAAAGAAGAAAAAUCUGUUGUUAUGAAAGAAUCAAACCUAGAUCAGAAUGCUAAAUUAGAUCCGAAUAGGACGGACGAAACACAACAGAAGGCUAAAAGUGAGGGUGGUCAGAAAACAAAUGGAAAAGUUCAGCAGGAGCAUAAACAGGGGAAGAGUUCAGCACAAUCAAAGCCUAAUAACUCAGGCUCCAGUGUGGAUCCAGAGGGAAUGGACUGUGAGGAGACUGGAAACAAACAAGAAAUGGCUUCAGAUGCUGACAAACAAAACAGAAAAGACACUAAGGAAAGCACUAAAACCAACUCUCCAGCAGCACCACCGCCUAAAAUGCACAUCCAAAAUAAGAACAUCACAACACGAGACAGACUCACAAUUUACUUUCAUGCAGUUCUCUCGAGGGAUUUUAAAUUUGAUCCUAAGGAAGAUAGAAUCUUCAUCAGAGCUGGAAAACCUAUAGCUGAAAGCUGGAAAGAUGAUGUUGCUGAGCUGGAAGUAACAAGGGAUCUUGGAGAGCAUGGUUUUCUUGUUGAAGGAAGGCUCGAGACAAGCAAAGACAAAACUGCGUCUAAAUCUGUAGCCUACAAAUAUGUAGUCUAUAAGAUGAAAAAGCAUCAAUACGAGUUUGAGUUCAUAUACAAACAUGACUCUUCACAUGAAUAUACCAACAGAUGUUUGUUUGUGAAAUCCCACCUCAUCACUGAUGAUGGGGACUGGCAUCAGUAUGACGACAUCAUCUGCGCUGAGCCAUCGAAAGGCGUUCUGAAGCGCAUCAAGGAUGUGAUUUGGCCUGAGCAACGCAAAAGUCUUAUUCAAGGCAGAGAAAUUGCUGCAAACAUAAUGCUGCAGUCCAUAUUUGAUCUUCUGAUGACCUGGAGUGAAACCAAUCUAAAAAGUUUUCAAAUGCAGUUGAAUCAGUUCUUUCAGGUUUAUGCAAACCCUUUCGUAUUUGAAGAGAAGCAAAAGAAAUGGUACUCCUUACAAUUUGGGGAAGAGGAUGUGAGGAGGAUUCUGAAGGAGUUCAUGCUAACGUACGUGAUCCCUCAGCUCAGGGAUGGAGAUGGAGAAAGUCCCUACGUUCAGGACCCCAUGAAAGCAGCCCUGAUCAUGCUUCAUGUGUGGAGAAGCUAUGGUGUCAAACUUGAAAAUCCUGAACUCCACCGCCUUUGUAAUGCGCUUUGUUUGCCUAAGCUAGAGAAGGAUGAUUUCCUUCAGUACUGGAGCGAUUUUUCUCAAGACGUCUCAGCUAUAAAAAGUUUGCCACAAAUGCUGGUGGAUUUGAUCAAAUUUGUCAGAAGAGUGACAAUGCCUCGAUGGAUUAUGGUACUGCCACUCCUUCAUCUACUGAAAGGCACCGUAAAGCCAUUUCAACUGAAAACCUCUGCAAAUCUUAAGUAUAGCUUGCAGUGGGCCGGUUUGGAAGGGCUUGACAUUGGCAACCAAAUAUACAUCAACAGUCAAGAUAGGAAAGCACUAAUAAAUGUGAUAAAGAACAACAGUCAUUUGAUGAAAGUGGAUCCACUUUUAAUUCGGUCCUUCUUGUACCUGAUGCCACUUGAUGAACAGCUGGAAUGUAGCGACCUAAAUCCUGAGCUUCUGGACAUGCUUCAUGUUUUCACUAAUAAAAUCCCUCAAGAUAUUACUGCUGGUGGCAGCUCUCAGGCUGUCAUUCAAAUCCUUGCCCACAUCCAACAGAGUCUCAUUGAGGAAAAGUACAGCUGCUUCACACAGAUCUACAGGAAAGAGUGUCUGACAGCAGCAAUUAGAUUGCUCGAGAAGGUCUGCAGAGGAGUCAGACCAGAAUCACAUACCCAAAACUUUCCUGAAAUCCCUGUGGCAGCGAUGAAUAUUGUUGCAUCCGUUUUGGACUUCUUUCUGUCCAACGAACAGGAGUCUCAAGAUGAAGACAGAGAACACCAAAAUGCAAAAGACUUGGUCAUCUCUCAGGGGAUGGGAAUAAUGAGAGACUGGAUGAAUCAGUCAUUCAAACAAAGUUUGCUAAGUGGGGGGUAUUUAACCACUUACAAGGCUAAAGCAGCAGAACUGGAGACAUGGAACAACAUCAUCUCCAUUAACUUUAAAGAUCAAGAAUGUACCAAGAAAUGGAGGCAAACCUUAACUAUGGACUUUGAGGGCAAGUUCAAACGGGAAACUGCUCUCAAUCAAACUGAAUUCUACUGCUCAAAAAUAGAGGAGCUUAGUGCUUCCUAUCCACAUGUUGCAGCUAGCAUUGAGAAGUGUGCUCUUGAAGCUGUUACGUCUUUGUGCCAGACCAGGUCAGAAGGGAGACUGUUUGAGAGGUUGAAUAUAAACUGGAAGUUCGGGAAACUCAUCUCUGCUAUUAUUGAAAAAUCCUGGCCAAGGGAUGGUCAUGGAAAGUAUCAUGAAAAAGAAGAAGUUGUCCUGCAACACCUCCUCUCCUGGACGGCAGCGAAAGACAUUUUCCGUCUAUAUGGUGCAGACACAAAGGUGAUUGAGAAACUUUCGCAAGAUGCCAAAGACCGAUUGGCUAUAGCCAUAUCAGCAUUCGGAUCUAUAAACAAUCAACUGAUUCAGGGAGACCUUAAGAUCAGCCUCCUCAAAAUCAUUCUGGAAAGGAAAACUACCUUCUUAGAACUGCUAAAGAUUGACUGCCUCAGUGAGAAAGAACAACACAAAGAUCUUUCCAAAAUGAAGAGGUUUUUACAGCACAGAGAAGAGGAAGUUAAAGCGGUUUACCAUGAAAAGGAGCUGGUUGAUGUUAUAUUAACAAUGAGCCACAAACUUGAGGAACACAUGACAGUUGAAAUUUCUGACCUUGAGGAAAAGUCGCAAGUCAACAUUGAGAUGAUGCCCUUGAACCAUUUCAUGGAAGUUCAUCACUUUGACCAACUGGCAGACAUCAUGUCUGGUAUUGUUACCUUCUUCAGUCUGGAGGAAGAAAUCAGGCAAAUGGCAGAAGUCCUGUGCACAUUCAACGACAGCUUCGUCUUCAGAGGCUGCUGGGAAAGAUUUGCUAUAGAGAUGGCCAAUGAGGAAAUGGAAGAAGACAGGCCUGUGGAGGGUCAAAUAGUGGACAUCAGGGCAACACUGGAAAUGAUAUAUGAGGACAUCUACAUGCCUUGCAUUGAUGAAUACAAAGACAUAUAUUCCCGUUUAAAAAAUGGCAGCAUCAGACUUGAAGAAGUCAACCAAAUUUUCAAAGCCUACAAGGACAAGUAUGAUGAUCUCACUCAGGAACUUAACACCAUGUGUGAACUUGACAAACCUGCAAAUAGACAGUGGAUCCACAACAGAGUUGAACAGGUCCAGCAGUAUCAUGAGCUUCAUCUCGCUGUGGCCUCUGCUCAAGUCAUCAUGUCUGUCAAAGACACACUUGGUCUUCAUGGGGAUUUCAGAGUUUUGGAAACGCUGACAAACAUUAUCCAAGCAGACUUUCAGAAAGAGCCCCUAAAUAGGAUUGAUAAUGAUUUGAUGCAGGCAAAGAUGGUGCUGGUUGACAUAACAGAGCCCCGCAGGCUGUGUUUACAUGAGCUAGCACUCAGAAGACACUUUGUAAGAUGGGUGAAGGAUGCCCUUGAGGAUAUCAAUGAGUUAAAAGUGUUUGUCGACUUGGCUUCCAUCUCCGCUGGAGAGAAUGACAUGGAUGUGGAUCGCGUAGCUUGCUUCCAUGAUGCCAUCCUUGGUUACUCCUCUGUGCUUUAUGAACUUAAACCAGACUCUGGUUUUCAUGCCUUAAAAGAAGUGCUCAACAAGCUCUGGAGAGCUUUGGAGAACGAUAACAAUUUGCCAAAAAAACUGCGUGACAGUGCACGUCAUAUUGAGUGGCUAAAAACUGUGAAGGACAGCCAUGGGUCAGUGGAGCUAUCAUCUCUCUCAUUGGCCUCAGCUAUUAAUAACAAAGGCAUCUACCUGAUCAGUGCACAAGGUGUGACAAAGUUGAGUCUUGAAACUGCUCUGAAGCUGCAAAUCCCAGAGGAGCAUGAUGAAGGUCGGCAGAUGCGCUGCUACUCUCUUGAAGACUUGAGAGAGCUACAAAACAAACUCAUGCUCAUGUCUGGAAAAGGAGACCAAGGACAAAAUGAAGUUGAACAUUUUGUAGAGGUUUUUGCAAGUGUUCAAAGACUAACAGAGGCCUUCAUUGCUCUUUACACUGCUGGGAAUCCUCUUUUCAGACACUGGGAGGUGCAAAUUAAUUGUUCUUCAAAGGGCUUUGAACCCUGCAUUUUAAUGGAUUUCAAUUUGAGACGUGCACUUAGUGUCACUGUGGAGGGCAAAACAGAUGAGCACCUUCCAGAGCUCUGCAGAAAAAUGGAGAAAUGUCUGGAAUACUGGAUGAACUUUGUACACAAACAGAGAUCCCAACAUUAUUUCUUAAAUUAUUACACAGCCGAGCAGAUUGUCUACCUAUGUAGCAAGCUGACCCAGCAAAAUGUAAAUGUAUUUGAGGACCAGGUUCUCAUGAUGCUCUCCUUCAUCAAGCCAAAUUGCACACUCAAAGAUCUGAGGCAAGUUUGGCACAAGCUCCAAUAUGAGAUCAUCACAAAACCUCAAGAUAAAAAUGAGGACAUUGAGUUCCAGACCUUUGUUGUAGUGUCAGCAAGUGACCUGGAGGAGUUUCCAAGUGAACUGGAUUCAUUUCCAAGUCUUGUGGAAAAAGCUACAGGUGUUCAAGCAUUUGAUCACAUAUGGAAUGCUUACAUGAAAGACAUGAAGAAUUUCCUCCCCAACAUUCUUGAUAUUAAAAGUCUUGGCAGAUUUUUAGAAAUACUGGCCAACAAAGAGGAUGACAGUGAAGAAGAUGACAGUGAAGAAGACAUUUCUGAUGACAGCAUUGGCAAUGUUAUAAACAGAGAAAUGCCUAGAGGUUUAGUCACUGGAAAGCCAAAUCUCAUUGUCUGUCCACAUGAUGAUGCUUUGACAUCUUGCAUCUCAAUUUACAUGAGCAGCAAAAAUGAGGUUCUACCCUCCUAUGAUGAAGUUCUAUUGUGCAACCCCUCAACUCCAUAUGAACAAGUAGAACUGUUCCUCAGACGCUGUCUUGGUACCGGCUACAGGGGAAGGAAGAUAUACUCUCUAGUAUAUGGAGAUCUUUUGAGUUAUGAUGUAAGCUCUAAAGUUGAGAGUUUUUUUCAGCUGAUGAAGAUGCAAAGCAGUGCAGACUACAGGCUUGUUAUCAUUUGUAGCUCAGAGAGAGAACAUGCCUACCUACCAUCUGCCUUCAGCCAGUACAGAUUGCACAUGAUUCCCCAAGAGCCAUUAGCAAUGAUCCAGCAGUACCUUCAUAAACACUACACUGUCCCAGCAGAACAGAGCAGUGCUGCAGCAGCAUUUAAAGACCGGCUCUGUGUUGGUGUUGUCUCAUCCCAAAGGGCUGGUGUUGGUAAAUCUCUUUACAUCAGAAGAUUGUAUGAAAAGCUUAAGCACUCAACUAAAAAACAGUCAACAUUGAAAUGUAUUUGCUUGAUUGAACCUAAAGUUGAUGAGACUACCAUCCUUCAGUCUUUGCUCGACACUCCUAAAACAAAAGAACUCGUCAUCUUCCAUUUUGAUGUCACAUCAUCGGUCCAGAAAGGUCUCCAAGAAUUCCUCUUCAAAUUGUUGAUUCUACGCUAUUUGAUGGACUCUGAGGGAAAAAUGUGGAGGUGCAAUGACAAGCAGCUGUAUGUAAUAGAGAUCUUAGAGCCCACUGUCAAGUCAGCAAGAAAUGACACUCGGGAGGCACAAAUGGCAAACAACAUUUUCAUGGACGUUUUUCCUAAUAUUUUCUGUCGACCACCAAAAGAAGUCCUUAUGCUAGAGAUGAGAAUGCAGGAGGAUCCUACCAUUGUGAGCAGUGAUGACCCACUGAUGGAUGAUCAAGAGUUCAGGAGUGAGGCCUUUCAGCGCCCAUAUCAGUACCUGACACGGUUCCAUAAUCACAUUGAUUUAGAUGUUUUUACAUACCAUGGAGUUGAGGGGUCCCAUGUUAAUUGUCUUCAGAUGCUUCUCAUGUACUGUGGUGUAAUGGACCCAUCCUGGGCUGAACUUCGAAAUUUCACUUGGUUUCUUAACCUUCAACUUAGAGAUUGUGAGACCUCAGUAUUUUGUGAUGCCACUUUUACUGGAGACACACUAAGAGGAUUCAAAACCUUUGUGGUUGAUUUUAUGAUUCUGAUGGCAAAAGACUUUGCCACUCCAUCACUCAGCAUCUCUGAUCAGAGUCCUGGCAGGUCACAAGUUAAUCUUGCUGAUGUCCGAGAGGAAGACUUGGCUCCUUUUCUCAUCAGAAAAAGAUGGGAAACAGAACCACAUCCAUACAUCUUCUUUAAUGAUGACCACAACUCAAUGACCUUUAUUGGUUUUCAUCUUCAACCCAAUGAUCAAAACUACGUUGAUGCCAUUGAGCCCACCUCCAGAAGGGUGAUUAAAAAGGAUGUCAUGACCAGAGAAUUGUACGAAGGCCUACAGCUCCAAAGAGUUCCUUUUAACAUUGACUUUGAUAGCCUUCCAAGAUGGGAGAAAAUAGAGCGAGUAUGUAAUGUUCUUGGUAUCCAGUGGCCUCUUGACCCAGAUGAAACAUAUGAACUCACAACAGACAACAUAUUAAAGAUGCUAGCAAUCCACAUGAGGUUCAGAUGUGGCAUACCUGUGAUCGUAAUGGGAGAGACAGGAUGUGGUAAAACCAGGCUGAUCAAAUUCCUCUGUGAAUUGCGAAGGAGUGGAGUCGCAACUGAAAACAUGAAACUGGUCAAGGUGCACGGAGGGACAACAUCAGAGAUGAUCUAUAGUAAAGUCAAAGAAGCAGAAGUCAUUGCUUCUAUCAACAAGCAAGACUACGGAUUUGACUCUGUCCUCUUCUUUGAUGAGGCCAAUACUACAGAGGCUAUCAGCAGUAUUAAGGAGGUCCUCUGUGACAAGACUGUAAAAGGAGAACAUUUAACACCCCACUCAGGGUUGCAGAUCAUUGCUGCAUGCAAUCCUUACAGAAAGCACACAGAUGACAUGAUUCAAAGGUUGGAAUCUGCUGGCCUUGGGUACAGAGUUCGGGCAGAAGAGACUGAUGAAAAACUAGGGUCUAUACCUUUGCGCCAGCUUGUGUAUAGAGUUCAAGCUUUGCCACCAAGCAUGAUUCCUCUAGUAUGGGACUUUGGACAGUUGAAUGACCAAACAGAAAAAACUUACAUUCAGCAGAUAGUGCAGAGAGUCACUACAAGCAAAGAAAUACAACAAGAUUACAUCCAGUGUAUCACAAAUGUCCUCUCAGCCUCUCAGAAGUACAUGAGGAACAGAAAGGAUGAAUGUAGCUUUGUCAGCUUGAGAGAUGUGGAACGCUGCAUGCAAGCUUUUGUUUGGUUCCAUGACCACCAUGAAAUGUUCUUUUCAGAGCUUCAGAAAUUUAAGAGUAAUCAAAACAACGAAGGAAGUGAAGGGCAUCACCAACAGCCUGAAGUUAAAGAUCCAGUUCUCUGGUCCCUUGUCAUGGCUAUAGGAGUGUGCUACCAUGCCUGCCUUGAAGAUAAAGAUAAAUACAGACAGAAAAUCAGCAGCCAGUUACCAACAUACACACCAGCGAGGGUUAUGCAAGAAAUUUCACUCAUGCAAGAUCUACUGUUGAGUGGUGUUCCAAUGGGAGAUACUAUCGCAAGAAACAGCGCCCUUAAAGAGAAUGUCUUCAUGAUGGUUCUCUGUAUUGAGUUAAGAAUCCCCCUCUUCUUAGUGGGAAAACCCGGAAGCUCCAAGUCCCUUUCCAAAACUCUAGUAGCAGAUGCCAUGCAGGGUCAAGCUGCUCAUUCUGACCUCUAUAAGAUGCUCAAACAGAUCCAUUUGGUGUCCUUCCAGUGUAGCCCACACUCAACUCCAGAAGGCAUCAUCAACACUUUCAGGCAAUGUGGGCGCUUUCAGGAAGGGAAAAACCUCAAUGAAUACAUUUCAGUUGUGGUUCUUGAUGAAAUUGGGCUGGCAGAGGACUCUCCAAAGAUGCCUCUAAAAACUCUUCACCCAUUGCUUGAAGAGGGUUGCAUUGAUGAUGAACCACUGCCACACAAAAAGGUUGGAUUUAUUGGUAUUUCCAACUGGGCACUAGACCCUGCAAAGAUGAACAGAGGCAUUUUUGUCUCACGAGGUGACCCUGAUGAGAAAGAACUCAUUGAGAGUGCUAAAGGCAUAUGCUCCUCUGAUGUUAUGGUUUUGGAGAGAGUGAGGGAUUUCUUUAAACCUUUUGCAAGAUCCUACUUGAACAUUUGUCGGAAACAAGGGAAAGGUUUCUUUGGCUUACGUGACUAUUACAGCUUGAUUAAGAUGAUCUUUGCCGUGGCUAAGACCUCUCAAAGAAAGCCCACACCAGAUGAGAUUGUCAAGGCUGUGUUGAGAAAUUUCAGCGGUAAGGAUGACGUGGAUGCUGUUUCUGUCUUUUCCAAAAGACUUAACGUUACACCAAAUCUGGAGAACAUUAACACAAUUGAAUUUGUGAAAGCAAACAUUCAAGCAGUUGGACAAGAGGAAGAGUGUCGAUACCUCCUUGUGCUAACAAAAAACUAUGCUGCCCUAUCUAUUCUGCAGCAAACAUUCUUUUCAGAAAGUGGUCAACCAGAAAUACUCUUUGGAUCUAGCUUUCCAAAAGACCAAGAAUACACCCAAAUCUGUCGCAACAUUAACAGAGUGAAGAUAUGCAUGGAAACUGGUCAAACAGUUGUCCUUCUAAACUUACAGAACCUCUAUGAAAGUCUCUAUGAUGCUCUCAACCAGUACUAUGUUUGCUUAGGAGGACAGAAAUAUGUCGAUCUUGGUUUGGGAACCCAUCGAGUAAAAUGCAGGGUGCACAAAGACUUCCGGCUAAUUGUUAUUGAGGAAAGAGAAGUUGUCUACAAACAAUUCCCGAUCCCUUUAAUCAACAGGUUGGAGAAACACUACCUUGACAUCCACACAGUCCUUAAAGCUGAGCAGAAGAAGAUGGUAGAAGAAUUGGAGAAAUGGGCUAAGCUUUUUACCUCUCUUAGUGAUCAGCAUGCUGGGGCAGUUGUGCCAUACAAGUACACACUCCCUGAUGUUUUCAUUGGUUACCACUCAGACACCUGUGCUUCAGUGAUUCUUAAAGUGAUAGAGGAGCAGAAGGACAAUUUGGAAACAUCUGAUUCUCAGGGCAGACUGCUUGAUCAGGCGAAACUCAUACUUCUCAAAUGUGCUACACCAGACUCAGUUGUUCGAUUGGAUUGCACACACCUACCAAAAGUUGAAAGUCAGCAUAUGGCUAAGGUAUACUUUGAAGAACAGAGCAACAGCUGUUUAGCUGACUACAUCCAUCAUCACACAAGACAAGAAACCAAAAGCAGCACAUUAUUCACAGAGGUGACUACAUUCUCCAGACUUUUGACGGCCUUUGACAUGGAACCUCUGGAGAAAAUGUUUCAUAGUGUUGAGCUCCUCUCUCUCCAACAAUUUGACACAGAGCACUCCUUCCUAAAGAAGAUAAGGAACUUCCUGACAGCUGAACAUGGGGGCACUGGGGCUUGCAACCGAAUCCUCAUCAUUCAGUGUAAUUUUGAUGAACCCUCUAAGAGCACCAACCUCAUUGCAUCAGCCAAGUACUCAUCUCUAAAUGAGAUUAACAAAAUAACUCAUGAGAUCACAGGAAGCAAGGUCUUUGUGUACUUCAUCACAAGGUUGCCAAGAAUGGAGGGAGGGACCUCUUACAUUGGUUUUCAUGGAGGCCCAUGGAAAUCAGUUCAUAUAGAUGACCUCAGAAGGUCAAAAGAUAUUGUUUCAGACAUCAAGACCCUGCAAAACAUGAAAAUCAGUCAAAUGUUUGAAACUAAAGAGGCUCAACUUGAAGCCAUGGAGACCGAUGACAUGUACACAGAGAGUGAACACCAAGAGUUGGAAGAAAGCGGCUUGGAUAAUGUUGUAGACACUACAGCAUUGCUGCGGAGCUGUGUGCAGACUGCUGUUGGCAUGCUAAGGGACCAAGUGACAACCGGCUUCCGCAGUACUCGAAGGGUUGAGAUCCUUCUGACUCUCCUGAAUGACAAAGAUGACAAAGAUGAGAUAAAAGAUGAAUUUCUACAAACGAUCAAGAAGCGUCUUCACUCCUUGUUACUGAUUCAUGAUGGGAACACAUUUAUUAAGAGCAACUGGGUCCUUAAAGAGGCUUCAAACAUUGAUGCCUUGCAGGAGGGAGGCACUUUCAGGCACACCUUAUGGAAGCGUGUUCAGGCCGUGGUCGUCCCAAUGUUCGCGCAUCUAAUUUCAGUGAUUGACAGAGACCAAAACAUGGAUCUCCUGCUCGAUAAGAAUUGCCCCGAGUCAGUAAAGAGAUUGUGGUUGGAUAUCUUUAGCAAUCAAAAACUGCUGGAAAUCUCACACCUAACGAUGGACCCCAGCUCUGAGACAAGAACAAUCCUUGUGCAGAACUAUAUGGCUCAAGACAAGAACAUUGGUUGCACAAUGCCCUUCAGCUGGAGAAUAAGGGAUUAUUUGGAGGAACUUUGCAUCCAUUCCAUACAGAAUGAAGGACACACUCAUUUAAAAUUAGUUGAGCUCUUUUGGAAAACACCAGUUGGGCUUUACAUUGAGAAAGCAGACUCUCAGACUCAGAUGGAGUUUUACCAUCGCUACCUUCAAGAUUUCAUCUGCAUGUCCAUGAAUGUCACGUCUGCUGAAGAUCUGCAGCUCCUCCGUGGUGCCUUGAACAGUUGUGUCACUGAACUACGAAUACAGCUUAAUGACACUGAGAAAGGGACGGCUCUUCCAUGGGUUCAUGCUGCUUACCACAAGUUCAAAAAUCGGCUGCAGAACCUCUCCAGAAUGAUGUGCAUCCAACCCCAGGUUACAAAGGACCUCCUAGGGAAUCCACAUGCAGGAGACCAUGAUGAACUUGUCCUCGACAUUUAUGCCGCUUUUGCAUGUUUGGAGCACCUGGAGCCCAGAAUGCUGAACAGUGAUGCUCAAAGACAAGCGUGGCUCCGGCAGGUGAAAAAACUCCAGGUUCCUAUUGAACUGAUCUGUUCAGAAGACAGUGUGAGGCAAUAUGGAGAGAGAAGCAAGACGAUCGUCAACAGAGUCCAAUCCGGAUGGAAUCGUAUCUUUUCUCUCUCUUUGUUUGUGGAGCACAUGUUGCUGGGAAUUGAACAGUUGGACCAGAAACUCACGCCUUUAGUGUUGGAGAGCACACAAGGGCUUGGCAAGAUUCUUGAAAGAAAUUCGGACAUCAAAACCCAGCAGAUUUUCGAGGCAGUAAUUGUUUUACUGAAAAGUUGCAAAGAUGGAGCCGUGGAGCGUAUUUUCAGGUUUGGCGACAUUCUGUGUCCGAUUUGCAUGGGAGACCCUCAAGAUCCUCUCUGCCUUUCAUGUAAACACAUCUACUGUGUAGCCUGUAUCAAAAAGUGGCUGAUCCCUGGUCAGAUGUUCUGUCCACUUUGUAUAGAGCCAGUUCAAGAAGACUACCCUUUGGUUCCCUCAAAUGAAAUCAGGAUUCUUGUCAACCAGCAUGUUGCGUUCAGGAAGAGGUGCAACGCUUUUUUCAUAGAUCUGGUGUCUACCGUGUGCUUCAAGGACAACUCUCCACCGUGUUCAGCAGUCAUUCUUCAUUUGCUGUCUUUCCUGAUGGUGCGGGCCGGCCCAGUUCCAAUCAUCAGAAAAACUCCACAAAUGCUGACAAAAGUGCUCUCUCCAUUUGAUGACUCUGUUGAUAAAAAUCCUGUUAUUCGCUCAGUAGUGCUCAAACUUCUGAUGAAGUAUAGCUUUGAUGAAGUAAAAGAAUACCUGCAGCAGCAUCUGGUGGCUGUUGAGCAGAGCAACAUCUUGGAGGAGACAGACAAAACUGAACUCUACUGCUUGUACAUCAACUGUCUAGAGGAUUCCAUGUUUGAGAGGCUCCAGUUCAGGUGUGCUGCAGAUAAGAAGGCGUAUUUAGCAAAUGAAAGUGCCUUUCUGACUGAGUACCUGCAAACACGUCAGUGUACUGAAAAGCCGAGCAUGGAGUACCUGCAGCAGGUGGCCAGAGUGCGCAUGGACCUGGAUAUGACUGCUAACCUGAUUAUAGAAAAACUGAGAGCAGCUGGCUCUUCUGAAGUCGGACAAAAUGAAACUAUGGCUUUUCUGGACAGUGUGAUAAACCUGUGCAGGCGGAGUGGGAAUGACUGGUAUCGUGUCUACUUGAUCCGUAAGAUCUGCAGACAACACGGUGUGGAGUUUGUCCAGAAAAUUCAAAGGAAGGCUCAGAUGGGCUGGCUCUUCCCUGAAGAAGUUCAAACACAGGAUGAAGAGACCCCCCCAGUAGAUCUCUAUCUUGUGUACGGAGAAGACUACAAGACAAUCAGAGAAGGUGUUGCAAAGAUCGUUAUGGAGGGUAAAGUAGAAGGGCUAGACGUCGCCUGUGAGGGCUGCAAAUCUCCACUACAACUGAAAGCUGUUUACGUUCUGUUAGCACUGUUUAGAGAAAUCACCACUCUGUAUGGCAAACCUAAUGAGGGCUUUCAUCCCAAGCCGCAGCAACUUGAGGCUCUUGAAGCUUACAUUCAGAAGUCCAGCAUACUUACCAGUGCAGAACUGAAGGCCUUUGCCCAGGGCCUGGUGAACAACACAAUGGGGCCUCUCUCUGUUCGACCCGGCAUGUCCGCGGCCAACAGUGUGGCAGUGGAAUUAAGUGUUCACUUAGCUGCCGUGCUGCUCUGUGGGAACCAAGGGAUCUUAGCUCCCCUUCAGCAGCUGGCAUUGACACCUGCCAACAUGCAGGCUGCUUUUUUGCCUUCUAUGCCAGAGGAUAUGGUAGCAGUAGCUCAACAAGCUCUGGGAGGUCUGCACUGGUACCGUUGUCCAAAUGGUCAUCCUUGCACCAUUGGGGAGUGUGGCCAGCCAAUGCAAACAAGUCGCUGCGUAGACUGUGGUGAAAUGAUUGGAGGAAACAACCAUGCGCCAUUGCAGGGAUUCCAGCGUCUUCAGAUACAAGGUGACCGCACCCAGACAGGCCACAUCCUUGGUGAUCCAAGUCGGCGGGACAAUCCCGAUAUGCUGGACACGAAGAAUAUUUCGCCCGUCCCUUUUAAUGUUGUCCGAAUGCUAACCCACAUGGCAAUGCUUCUCGGGGCCUGUGGACAAACACAGUAUAUCUCAGCAAUCAUCAAACCUCCAGUUAGAGAACCUGCUCCGUUCCUACUUGCCCACCUGAGAAAAGAUAUUGAACAUCUGAUAAGGUCUCUGGGGAAAGGGACUGAUGACACAAUCACAGCAGUUCACCUGGUAAUCAGCAGCUUACUGAGCCCCCACCAGCAACAGAAAUGGCCGGUUCCUUAUGACAAUCUGCUUUCAAAUAAAGAAGCCAGAAACGGAUGGGAGUUGGAAAUGAGCAAUGCUGUCAUCACACCUCUGCUGAAGCACCUGGAUAGACAGCUGAAAGAGGUGAACAACUUUAUCCGGGCAGACUCUCGCAUCUCUGCCAACCCCAUCAUGAAGCUGGUGUUUGGUGACCCUCAGCUCUUCUUGGCCUCCCUGCCGGCAAACUCUCCGCUCCACUGUUCUGCCGUGUGGAGCUGCAGAGAGAAAGUGUCUAUCCUGAGCCUGUCUCACAUCGUAGAGCAAAAUGACGGCAAAGAUACUGUCCCUGUGCUGUGGAGAUUUCUGCACAAGGAAGCAGAACUUCGGCUGGUGAAGAACCUCCCUGACAUCCUCACACUGCAAAAGGAUCUGGUGAAGAACUUUCAGAACGUCAGCGAGCUGACUUAUGAAACCAUCGGUGAAUUUCUUCAAACUCAGAAAGCAGCUACCCUUAAAGCCUGGUAUGAAAAAUACAUCAACAUCUUCUUAACAACCUGGAACCAGCUUAGAGUGUCUCUGGCAACCAAUGGUGAGAUUAAGAUCCCAAAUGAGUUCUGCCAGGGGGACCUGGACCUAAACAGCAGCUUCAAGGUUCUUCUACCUCAGCGACAGGGUGCAGGCCUCUGCUCCACAGCUCUUAUCAGCUACCUUAUUGCUCUGCACAAUGACAUCAUCUAUUGCAUGGACAAGCAUACUGGGGAGGAGACCAGCUACAAAGUUAGCCCCGCCGAUCUUACCGAUCUGCAUGUGAUUCGUUAUGAGCUGGAGCGGGACUUAAUGCCCCUGGUACUGUCCAAUACCCAGUACAGCAUCGAGAAGGGCCAGGAGACCCUUUAUGAAUAUGAUCUGCCUAAGAUACAGCAGCAGAUCGUCUCUCACUUCCUACUGGGAAAACCCCUCAUCACUCUCAAUGGCAUUCCUACACUGGUCAACCGACACGAUCGCAACUAUGAGAUAAUCAUCAGAGAUGUUAAAGCCAAAGUCAAGCAAGAGCCCUUGCAGACCCUCACCCUCUUCUCUGUGGCUGGGGAGUUGCACUCCUACAGCGAGGUGUGCGAGGCCUUGUCCACGCUGGAAGUGGCGCUCGGCUUCCUCGCCAUGACUGGAGGGGAGCCUCACAUGCAGCUUUCCUGCUACCUGGAGGAGGUGCUGCAGAUGGGAAGCCAGAUGGCUCAGCAUAUCGUCAAGGCUUUCAGCAUGUGUUAUCUAAAGCAUUGUGUAGCCCUAUGGCAGCUGCUGGCCUCGCUUAAAUCUGAAAAUAUGCUACGGCUGAAAAGGGAUCCAUUUGUAGGAGUCUCAGAGAAAUACAAGCAGGCUCUGGGUGAGGAAGAGCACAGGCUACUGACUGCGUUCUUCUCCAAGAACAGCGCCGACGCUUUCCUGUUAGAGAUGCAUGAGUUCUUGGUUCUGGUCCUCAGAAAGAACAAUGAUCCAGAUGCCUACAGGCCUGACUGGGGUUUAAAAGACACCCUGUUGCCCUACAUGGAGCGAAAAGACAUGGACAUACCUCCAGAUGUGGAGGAGCACUUCCCAGAGGAAAUCUGCCUGUCCCAUUACGUUGAAGCCUGGAAGUUCAUCAUCGCCUUUAAGCAGGAACGUGGUCAGAGACAUUGAAGACAUCAGGAAAAGGAAAAAUACUAUUUUUGCUGCCUUCUUAUCUAAAUGUACACAGUCUUGAUAAAAUUUAAGCACCUUUAAUCUUUUCUUUCUUCUUCUUUUUUUUUUUUUGCAUUUGAAUUGUUAAGAUGUGCCUUUUGAGAAGCACUUACAGUAGUGCCAUGGUCAUCUUAAGUGUCAUUUGCUUAAAUGAGGAUUUAAACUUUGGUGAAUUUCAGGUUUGUAUUUAUGUCAAUAAGGAUCUAGAAAGUUUUCUUCAAUAAAGUUUAAUUGCACUUUAAGUCUUUACUUAAAAUAAGAAUAAUAGAAAAAUAAUGUUACUAUCUCAGGUACAAAAUAUAAGGUAGUGUUGUGAAUGAACAGUGUUAAAUCACUUAAAACUGAGGAAGAAUCAUGUUUUUCACCUAUUUGCAUUUGUUUUUACCACUAUUCAGUGUUCAAACGUUGAUCCACUUGCAUGUUAUUCACUUUAAACUUUGUUUUUCAAUAUUCCAGCCUUUUUUUAUUUUCGCUUAUAAUUUUUUUCAUCAUGAAAAUGACCAAAUAAGUCUUAGUUUCAUUGUUUGUGAUCAAUCAUCUUGUAUGUGCUGGUCUCAGUGCUUUGACUUUGGAUCAUUAUUUGUCACAAUAAUGACAUCAAAAUAAUACUUCUUAAAAUAAUGUAGUGGACUGCAGUUAUUUCCUGACACAAUGAUUUUAAGAGGAUGGUUGAAAGUUGUGUGUCUUUAUUUUAGUGGGUAAUACUAAAAUCAUAAUUAUUUUGCACGAAGCGAAAGAUGCUGAUUGGUGUUUAUAGUUUCCGGCUUUGGAGAAAACUAGCAUGAUUACCUUUUAAACAUUUACUAAAUACUUGGGUGAAAACUUGUUUAAUUUCUUUUUGACAACUAAUAUUUACGGGGAAAAUAUUUGGAAUUGAGAUGUUUUUUUUUUGUUUUUUUCCUUAAGAGAAAACGCUUCCAAUGUGCAGAUUUAGUCCCAUUUGACCAAAAAUAUGUGUCCGCAGAUAUUGACAUCCCUUGUAAACAUCAGGAAAAUCAUUAAAUAUAUAUUUUUAAGGCCCUUGAAGCCUUGGUUAUGUGUAUUUGUGUGCCCACAAGAAUUCCGGCAGAAUGCCAAAGUCAAGAUUCCUACUUGUUUUGAAGCCACAGACCCUGGAAACCUUUAUAAGUAGUACUGAGAAAAAGCUAAAUUAUCUGUAAACUAAACCUGUAGUCAUAUCAAAGAUUUACUUCUUUUA